AUGACAAAUAUAGAUGAUAGUUACUUGAGUCACAGAAGAAAAAAGAUGAUUGAGCAUAGAGACAAUCAUGACUCUCAAUUGUCAGUCAGAUCAUUAACGCGUUCACUGACCAGAGCUAACAGAAAAAAUUCAAGCAGGCCAAGUUCCUAGCAGUCCUCAAAACAGGAAUCAGAGGAAAAUCUCAACCAGCAAGUCCCAACUACUCAGAUUCUUAUCAACAACAAUGCCAAUCAUCAUUUAAAUGUAUCACAAGGAGAAGAAACUCUUGUAACAGGAAAGGCAGACAACUCAAAUAUUAUUGAAGAACAGGAUCAAGAAGAGACUAUUGGUGACGAAGUAGUUAUGAAAACUUCAACAGGCCAAAUGGUAUAAGCUUAAGUUAAGUAAGGCGUCAUAACUAUGGAUAUGCUAUUAGAACUAUAAAAUAGCAAAAAAGCAAAUACUAAGAAUAGUGAUCGCAAUGAUGAUUUCAUCUUUCCAAAUAGCUAAUAUGAAAAACCAUUAACUGAUUCUUGGGAAAAAUCUAUCAAAGAAACGACAAGGUCUUUUAUAGGAGAUCUUUUGUUUAGAUUCAAGCCUACUCCAUCAUUUUAGCCAGCUAAAUCAGAUCAAAAUGAUACUGAUAUCAAAGACACUAGUGAAAUAAAUCUUAAUAAAAAUUCAAGUAGCCACAUUCAAUCAUAAUCAAAUUACGGUAUUGAAACUACUGUUCUGUAGUCAAUUGAUCACAAUAUCAUUAAUUAAGACUCUGUCAUUAGAAUCAAUGAUUCCUCAAUUUUAGAGUUGUAGAGCAUUGGUGAUUUAGACGAAAUUGAUAAAAUAUCGAAGCACGAAGUUGUGCUAGAAGAUAAUAAUGAUUUCUAGGGUGAGUAUAAAGAAGGUGAUUUGUAUGAAGAUAAGUUGGGUGAAGUUACAAUAGAGGAAGAAUGCAAAGAAGAUCUAGACUAAGAAAUGAAAUUAGUUGAGCUCAGUGAGACUUAUGCUAACUAAACACUUCUGAGUUUGGUCAAUGAAAUACUAUAAGAAACUGAAAAUUAGUUAGAUGCUGAUCUUGAAGAAUAGUUAGCUUUAAAUCUGGUGAGUAAGGUAGAGAGCACUUAGAUAGAAGUUAUGGUUUGUUCUACAAUAGAAGACAUCCUAAACCAAGUAGCCAUAUUUGUGACAUAAUCCGAAAAGCCAUCUCAUUAAGAGGAGUUUUAGUCGCCAUUAUCUUUGAAAUACUAGAGUGGAGUUAAGAAUGAACCUUUUGAUAACUUUCUAGAUGUAUCAUUUAAUCAGUUAAGUUAGCAAUAAGAUAAUCACCAAGCUUUCAUAGACAUGUCAUUUCAAGAUAAUAAUUAGAAAAAAGAUCAAUCCUCUUCUGAAAAUUUAGAAAUUGAUGAGCCUAUUUAACACUAAUAUAUCGAUACAGAAUAAGAUGAGAAAGCACUAAAUUUAACAGAGGAUGCACUUGAUUUACUUUUUUACUAUAUUAUCAAGGAAGAGUUCAAGCAAUCUUUGGUAAAGUCAGAAAAAGACACUGAAGAUUAGGUUGUAAGAGUGACUAUGUAUAGAUUAGAAGAUCAAAUUAUUGAAGAAACAAUGACUUCCCAUAUAGAAGACCUUAAACAAGAUAUGUAUGAGAAAUUUCUAGAUAAAAUAUGCAUGGAAGCCCAAAAUAAAGUCAUUUAAAGAAUAGUUCAUGAGUUUCUGUUACUAUAUGAGUUGGGAAGUUCUGAUAAUGCGGCUAAUUUUAUUGUAGACUUAGUAGAAGAUAAAAUGAUUGAUAGAGUCGUUGAUUUCCUAGAUAAAGAAGAGAGCUUAGAGGACCUAAGAAGACAUAGUAAUGCUAGCGAAUUAAGAUCUGCUGGAAGUUAGAAGCGAAUCAGCUAGGUUGAAAACUAAAAUUACCUUAAUGACUAGAUUAUGCCAUAGUAAUUUAUAGUGAAAAAGAAGAAGAAAAUCAGACGCUCAAAAAGUCCAGGAAAUAGAACUAAAAACUAAAGCGAGGUUUAAGUUGAGAAUUUACUCGAUAUAGAUUUCUUUGAGAAAUGCUUCUUCGGUAAAAAACUUCACAUGAAGGAUCAAAUAAUAUUUAAAAUUUAUGCUAAUGAAUUACUGGAGAUUAUCAAGAGUAAUUUCACUACUUAAAUGAAAAAGAAAUAUAAAAAUCUUGUUAAUAAUAGAAAAACCAGGAAAGCCAAGAGAGCAUUUGAAAAGUAUGAUUAAUCUCCAGAUUUAAAUAGGACCAGAGAACAUAUCAAAGCAUAGUUAAUGAUGACUCCACAAAAAUAGAUACGGAAAUCUCUCACACCUGGAAAUAAUCUUAACAGAAAUAACUCUUCGUAAUUGAUAUCCUUAGACAUUGUUCACGGAAAUGUCAAAGUAGGAUAAACUUUCAGUGCAGAUGAUCCAUUUAGAGAUUAGAAUUAAACUAUACCACAAUCUAGCCACCUAUAGAUCAAUGAAUUCUCUGAUUAGCACAAUACUAUGAAUAAUUCAAGUCAAUAAAAUAACUAAGAUUAGAAUAGGUUUAAUAAACUUUAGGAGAAUCAAUUAGAAGACUAAAAGCCUUAGGUAAACACAUAUUUUAUCAAUGUAAAGGAUGAAGAUAAAUACACAACAGGAGACCAAUACAAUAUGCAGCAAGUCGCUUAAAGUAUGUCAAUAAGCUCCAAGCCAGUGUCAUCAUCACAGCAAGAAAAUAAUACAAGUAUUUCUAUGAGAUCUAGGAAGAAGCGUCAGCCAAGUUAGUUAAGAGAUCUUACUCCUGACACCAAUUUUAUAUGUAAAAUAAAUGAUUUUAAAACAUUAAUAGCCCCAAAAAGUCCGCCUAGAUAGUAGCAAGUUAAAAUUUAUCAAAAUUUAGAGAAUCAAAUCAAGGACAUCUUGAAGUUCAACAAAAACAGCAAUCAAAAUCUUGUUAAACAGAUCAAAAUAAAGCGUAGAGGUAUGAAUAAUUAAUCAGAGAAAGUAUCUCCUAACAGAAAUACUCUGCAGUCAAGUAAAGCUCAGUCCCGUGAAUUACCUGCACUAAAAAAGCCUGGUCCCAAAUAUAGAAUACAGAAUUAUAUUUCAAAUACUAUGCAAAAUAGUGAUAAUGAGACAUUAGAGUAAUAAUACUAUUAGGUUCAAAAUCAAAACUAUCUUUCUGAGGCACCUUUAAAUUUUGCUUUCUAAAAGCAAACUAACUCCAGUAAUGAUUAAAGAAAAAUGAACCAAACUCUACAGCAUGAUGAUAAUAGAUUACAAAAUAAUGUCUUGGAGUAAUACAAUGUAAAUUUUAAACAACUAAGCAAUUAAGCUUAACUCAUGAAUCAGACUAUGAUAAGAAGAAAGAGGAACUAUUAGAGAGCUCAAAGUCUUACUAAGGAUAUCCUAGAUCAAAUUAGACCUAUAAGCGUCAAUAAGAGGACUAUUGACAUCAAAAAGGUAAUGCAGAAGAUUCAGAUGCGAAAACAAGUUAAUAUGCUUAAUGCGACAUAAAUCCUAGAUUUAGAUGAUUCAUCCUAUCAAAAAGGAAGUUAAAGACCUUUCUCUUAAGUGAGGAAACGAUUUUAGACUCCUUUGAAUCAAACAAUGAUUACAAAUAUGAAGAAAAGGGAUUCAAGAGUAGUACUCAACUCAGACAAAUAUCAUCUUUAAAAUACCUCAGUUCCUGAUUAUUCUUCCAAUAGCAAUAUAAAUGCCAUAAACACUGAAAAACUUAAUCAGUAACUUAAGAGAAAUAAUCUAUAGAAUUAGACUGACACUACAUUAGGUACAUAUGCCUAGCUUAAUUAGGAUAAUGUCAAUAAUCAAACAUUCAACAAAACAUAAAUUAAGAGAAAUUCAACGUAAAUUUAAAAUCAUGAAUAGCUGUUUGGCAAUUAGUCUUCUUUUAAUGGAGCGACAGAAAUGCAUCUUACAUCUUUGGGAAAUUUUGAUAAUAAAAAAGAGGAACUACUCAUUAAACAACAAAAGAAAGUAUAGAGAAUUCAGUCUAAAAAUGCUUAUUAAAAUAUUCAAAGCAAAUGA